AUGGCGCAUCCGUACACCCCGCCCCAAGCCUCCCUGACCGGCUAUCUGUCGGGUCCGAUGCAACCCAUGCAGGAACCACCGCUCUCGGCCUACUCCGUGCUGGGGGGCGGGCAAUAUCCGGAGAGCGUCGCGUUGUGGCACAAUCCACCCGCGCAACCUCCCCAGCCGGGCUUGCCCAUCGCCACUUCGUACCCGCCGGCUCCGAAGCCGCAAUCCCUCCUGCAACCACUCCCGGACCAAAAAAAACACAAACGCACCAGAAGCGGCUGCUUCACCUGCCGAUCUCGUCGCAUUAAGUGUGACGAGGCCCGACCCGUCUGUGACAGAUGUCGAAAGGGCAAUCGCGACUGCGUCUACCCAUCCGCCUCCGCCGGUUCCGCCUCCAAAGCCGGAUCCCGCUCCGGUGUGAAACCUAAAGCUCCGCGGCCCCAUUCGCGUGGCAGCGACUCGUCCGGUUUGCUCGAACAUGAGGAGGUGCGCGCAUUAGAGCCUAUCUUGGACGAGGAGGAAGAAGACGAGGAGGAGGAGGAAGGGAGCGUGGGAUCGAGCGUGCGACUGUCGCCGACGACGGGGCCGCCGCCAGGUUCUGCUCGGCCGAAGCAGGGGUUGCCCAAGAAGCAGAGCACCCAAUCUCUGGGGAGGCGCCCGGCAAAACAGCGCGUCGCCACCGCCACGGAGGGGUCGGGCUUCAGCAAAGACGUUAGCAGCUCGCCGUCGACAGAGGCAUCGUUUAGGUUCGACUCGACCAGCGCGCGCUCGGCGAGUAUCGGCUUUGCCGCCCAUGAACCUCUGGUGCUGCCUAGUCUGGGUCAUCUCCCCGAGGAUCUGCGGUUCUAUCUCUCUUUCCAUCAAGAGUAUAUGUCCUACCGACAUUAUUUCUUGCGCCCGCCCAGUAAUCGGUUUGUCCAUCAGAACAUCGUGGAAUACGCGCUGCGCUAUGAACCUCUGCUGUAUGCCGUCGUGGGAUUCGCUGCGUACCACCAUUGCAUCCACACCAGCAGUGGCAAGCUCUACACCUUCCUCAAAUAUUAUAAUAAAGCGUUGACGUUGUUGCGAAAAUCCUUGGGCUCCGGUGAGCCGCAUUGCGAGGCAACUUUGAUCACUGUACUAGUGCUCACCACUUUCGAGGAAUUCAUAGGGGACUGGGUGAACUUAAUCGACCACCACCAAGCUGCUCAUGCUUUGAUGCGAGAGCUACUAACGCCCGAGUCGGCAUGCAUAAACCCGCUGCAUAGUCAUAUCUUCCUAUGGUAUGCUCGAUUUGAUGUCGUGGCCGGAAUCCUGGCCGGCAACGAGACGGUUCUGGGCCGUGAUUGGUACAUUGCGAAGGAAGAAUACGAUGCUGAACAAGCCGCCAUGCAUCCCGACGAUGCGGAGAAACAAUUGGCGUUGGCAGCAUCAAUCAAUCGUCGGUUCGGGCUAGAAAUGGCCUCGUUAUAUGCAAAACUGUCCCGCGGGAUGAUCCCGUUCGAUCAAUUUGUCGCUCAAAAUGAUCAACUGGAGCAGAAUCUGGAUCGCAUCAAACAGAUCUUGGAUCAAUACAAUAAUUCGGAGUUUGCGGUCUGGGACUACCCAAACAAGAGGCCUCUUACCGAUGAGGAUAUCGUGGAUCCAUACGUUCCGGGAGGCUUGCAUCAGGGUCCGUUGUGGGACAUCAAUAUCGCGUGGAUUGACUAUUACUCCACCAAGGCCAUGUUCAAAUACCAGUCACUCUUGUCGGUAAAGAAGUCGUCAUGGGAGGAGCUGGGCAAUCUCGCAAUGGAACAGUGCCGGUUAAUCGAGGCGAUCGAACGAUGGCCGGACAAGGAGAGCGGAUAUAUCUUUGCUUUCAAAAACAGUUUGGGAAUGGCCAGUCUGUUUUCCCCCAAGGAUGACAAACACGUCAUGUGGAGUCGGAGGAAGUUCGCCCUCAUGGAGCAAAAUGGAUACGUGACUCCGCCAAAAUUCCGGCAGGCCCUGGCCGCCGUGUGGGAAUUGCCCGAGCUCAAUCACUGGUGGCUUCCGCACGACGAGGGUUAUCCUAGCAUUCUGCGCGAGGUUCGCGCAAUGACGGAAGAACGAACAAACAACCCGCGAGAUAAUUUUCGUGAGAGCGUGCGAGACUUGAAGACGUUGUUCUGGAAUAUCAGCCUGGACGACACCGAGAGUGAAAAUAGCCCGGUGUCCACUGGGCCGGAAGGACGUUGA